GGCGCCUUCCUGCGGCCGCCGCUCCCGCUCCGCCGCCCCGGCCCGGCCAUGCCGCGCCUCCUCCUCCUCCUCAUCUUCCUCCUCCUCGUCCCGCGCCUCGGCCGCGCCACCGCCCCCAGCCCGGGGAACAGCACGGAGCCGCCGCGGGCGGUCACACGGAACGAGACGCAGUCGGGAACGGAGCACAAAUCCGGGCCGAGGCUGUCGGUGGGGUCGGGGCUGCCGGUGCUGAGGCGCGCCGUGUAUGUGCUGAGCGCUCUGUCGGCGCUGGCCGCCUUUUACUUCAUGCUGCGGGCGUUCCGCCCCAGGUCCGAGGGCCCCAGAAACGAGCCCAAAACUCAUUUCAGGUUGAAGAAGCCCCAGAGGAAGAAGUACGGGCUGCUGUCGAGCCAGGACGAGAAUAUCGAGCUGGGCUCCCUCGACAGCGACGAGGACACCGUGUUUGAAAGCCGGAACCUGAGGCGAUGAUUCAGGACCAGUGGCACUGACUGAAUGACGGAGGGUCCAAUCCCAGUGGAAUCUUUAGUGCUCAAGUUUUCUAUCUGCUUACAGUGACUUCACUAACAGUCUGAGCCCUUCCAUAGCUGGGGCAGGGGAGAGGGGACCAAACCUGUUUUCUUCACAUGCAUUUUUUUGGGGACAUUUCUGGGUAAAGAUGGGAGCUGUUCACUGCAUGGGGAAAGGCUUGAGGUAAAGGAGAUGCUCUUGGAGGAUUUUCAGCACCUGAAAUCUGAGCUCCAGAGCUGCCCCUGUGCCUCAUACCCUUCUCUCCAUGCCCUGGAAGCAUCAGAUGCCUUCUCCAGGCUGAUCCUCUUUCCUUCAUGCAAUAUCAGGUUACUUCUUUGGGAAGUGUCUCUGUAAUCAGCUUCUGGGAGGAGCUGUGAGAGCUCUGGCUCUGUUACAGGAACGGGGGUGGGAGGGUGAUAGCUCAGACAGAGCAGCUUUGGGAAGGAGUUAAACGAGUUACAUUUUGCACGAUUGGCAAUUCCUGGGACAAUCCAGGUCAUUCACGGGUUUACAGAAAUGAAAGGGGCCAAAACCCAAAGGAAUCUUUCUCCAGAAGGGCUGGGAAUGCCUGGACGCUGCCCAGCCCCAGCUGUGAGCUCACCAGGGACACAUGUGACAUCUGCCAAGCUCUGGAUACCUGAGGAGGAGCCAGAUGUGAGCCAGGGAGUGUCUUGGAGCAGCUGAUGACUGGAAAAGGGGGACCCCAACCCCUCCUGACUGUGAUUCAGGGCAGCCCUGGAUGAGCUCUCUCCUCUCAAGGACCCUGGAGUUUCAUUCCCUUGGCUGGUACUCAGCUGGCAUCUCUCCUGCAGCCCAUUGUUACGUGGAUAUUUGGGAUGUGAUUGUGUAGGACCAAAGGUGAAUGUGUCAGGAGGUGUUUUUUGGGUGGAUUUGCUGCUAAAUCGGUGAAAACUGCUCACCAAUGCUUCUGUCUGUGGCCUUUCCUUGAAAACUGGCAGCACAUCCUUCAAUCCCACUUCCCCCCAAGCUGGUAGAGUGCCUUUGGAGAACCAGAGGGAUUCACCCUGCGGGCAGGGAGGGUCCCUGUGGCACAUUUAGGGUGAAAAAUGAGGAUAUUCACCUUUAGGGUGAAUCUUUGGGAUGUCUGGCUCCUUUUCUUUGGCUUGCAAACCCCCUGUGGAUCAGGGGCACCGAUGGCUCUUGGAGAAGGGACAGGGAUGUGCUGAUCCUGAUCAGGGGGAGGCUGGGGGCUGCCAGAUGCUGCAGGAUCUGCUGAGGGAGUGCUGUGAUGCUGUGCAAGCAGCAGUUUGUCUGUCAGGACAGGUGAGGUUUCCUGGAGAAAUCCCACCCUCGUGGCAGCCCUGUCUCACGUGUGCACAAAGGAUUUUAAAAUACACACAUGUACUUUUUUAAUAACAUUGCCAUGUGCACACAGCUCUUGCAUGUGCCCCGUUUUCCUGUUGUUUUUGAUCGUUUCACACCUAUUUUAGGUGUUCCCUGCCUUGUGGGAGCAGGCAGAGGUUCCAUGUGGGGAUUGCUGGGAUGGCUCCACCUGGAUCAGCUUCCCUGGGGAUGAUUUGAGCUCUGUGAAGAUCUUUCUUCAUCCUGCAGGGCUGCAUGUGCUGGUAAAAUUCCCUGGCUGUUUUAAUCUCUCUGAAAAGUUGUUCCUUGUGCUGCUGGAGCCUGACUGUCCCACUGCCAUGCUCAGUGUUUGACCCACACAUUCCUCAUCCCUCCUUCUUCACCUGGAGCAUUCCUUAAGCUCCCCUCUUGUUGGGCAGCUGGGGUUUGCAAUUCUCAAAUUUCCUCACCUCACACGAGUGGAGCAUUUGUUUAAUGUUAAAUUAUUCAGA